CAAAGCAAGCACGCAAGCGAAACGUCAUCGCACACCGUGUCAUGGCUUUAGUAGAAGAAAAUUCAAGUGUGAUUGCGAGAGUACAACAAAACUAGCUGCUGGAGCGAUUGCACGAGCCGCGCGAUGUGAAAAACAAAUCGGAAUCGGAAACGGAUCAAAAGUUUAUAAUCGGAAAAUUGGCCACCUUCGCGAAUCGGCCUUUUCCCGACCGGAUCUAGUUAGCCGGGAAGGAGACAGUACAGUUUGGUGGUUUUGCGCGACGGCUGCUGAGAUCAUCGCGACUGGACGAUUCGAACAGCCAGCAACCAUAUGGAGAAAGGAUCGACAUUCGUGGCAGAAAAUUAUCGGAAUUAGCUAAUAUUCGGAUUAUACUACAACAGUUGCAGGCAUGAAUCCCACCAGAAGUAGCUGCUAGAGCCCGUUAAAAAAACACCCUACAUUCCGGUCAUCCAACAGGGAAACUUCCCUCAUUCCCAGUAACUACCACUCGACCAAUACAGAGACAGCAUCAUAUCACUUAGAACCUAAGGCAAUCAAUCAGUCCCACUACGCAAACAUCCACACCCAACGAUCGACUAUGACCAACAUCAAGUAUGAACGGGUCAAGCAAACCAUCGAUCACGAACCCCAGAACGAGGAAAUCGAACUGGAAGGUGAGACUCAAGUGCGCCGCCAUGGCCUGGGCGGAUCCAAGAGCCACCAGUACGUAGUGGCCAGCAGUCGGUCCGCGGGUGGCGCAGGACCGACCGCGAAGCGGAAAAGCUUCACCCACACCAUCGUAGUCACGCUGAUCCUGAUCCUGUGCUACUUCACGCUCUCGAUCGGGCUCACCUUCUACCAGCGGCGAUUGCUGCAGGAACUCAAAUUCCCGCUGUCGGUGGUGCUAUACCACCUGUGCGUUAAACUAGUCAUGUCCGCCGUGGUACGGGCUAUCCUACGUUGUGCCACCAAGAAGAAACGCAUCCUGCUGGACUGGAGAACGUCGGUACGGAAAAUCCUGCCCACCGGGUUGGCCAGUGGGAUCGAUAUUGGGUUCUCCAACUGGGGACUGGAGCUGGUGCAGAUCUCACUAUACACAAUGACGAAGUCCACCACGAUCGUAUUCAUUUUAAUAUUUGCCAUUUUGCUGAAACUGGAAAAGAAGAGCUGGUCCCUGGCGGCCAUUGUGGUGAUGAUAUCCGGCGGAUUGUUCCUUUUCACGUACAAAUCAACGCACUUCGACGCGCUGGGAUUCUCGUUCCUGCUGUUCGCCUCGUUGUCAAGUGGAAUACGCUGGUCGUUCGCCCAGCUUAUCAUGCAGAAGUCCAAGCUGGGCCUGCACAACCCGAUCGAUAUGAUCUUCCAUAUGCAACCGUGGAUGAUACUGGCCGUGCUGCCGUUUACGAUUGGAUUUGAAGGAAAGCGUAUAUUUGAUGGCUUAAACGUUGUCAUGCAGACCGACACUUCAAUUGUAAUGGAUAUGUGGCUUAAAAUUUCGAUAGGCGCAUUCAUCGCGUUCGCUAUGGAAGUGAGUGAGUUCCUAGUGCUGUGCAGUACGUCCAGUUUGACGCUGUCAGUGGCAGGGAUAUUCAAGGAAAUCUGCCAGCUGGUUCUGGCAGUGGAACUGUACGGCGACCAGCUCAGCCUGAUCAACGUGCUUGGCCUGGUGAUGUGUCUCGGAGGCAUAUGCUGCCACGUGGUGCACAAGUUCUGGACCUAUACCGACGAGCAGCAGUCGAUUGACACCUACAGCGGCUACGAUGAUGACGAAGACGAAUCCACCGCUGUAGUUGGACACAAUGGUCUUUCGUCGUCGCCCAAGUACAACCCAAAGUUCGAUCUGACCACUACUGCGCGCUUCAAUAAGGCCACCGGUCAACAACGGCCCCUAUUGGUGAACGAGAAUCGAGACGCAGAGGAUUCGGACCACCUGGUGGUGAACAACCGGAACUACGUCUCAGACGAUAGUGAUCAGGGCGAACACGACACUCAGGACGUGCUAUUCGAUAUACUGAAAAGGCGCGAGCGAUAACUUUUUUGAGGACCCCUACUACCACUGACCUUAUUAUUCUAACGUACAUUACGAUCGCCUACUUUGAUUUGUUAACUCUACGCUUAUCGAUCACUCCUUGCAGGGGCGAUGCCCAGAGUGGGAACUGAAUUUGAAAUUCCGACUAGUUUUGUUACGAUUUGUACAUUCGUUUUAAUAUCUAUUAGUUAGUUAAUUUUACCAUACGAUGGCAUUGUAUAUUUAUAUAGUUAACUAUUUAUGUAGUUUUCUUCCAUUUUCCCCACCGAAGCGGUGGAAAUAUUUGUGAAUAUAUUAUCUUUUGCAACUACAGUGAAAUCUAUCCAAUAUUUUUAAUUAGAACGAAGCAUCAUUUCCGUUGUAACGGCAUUUAAAUAUGAUACAGUGUUACCAGCACUAUUAAGUGACAAAAAGUCCCACAUUUCCACGUGAAUGGUAUAAACUAGUAACCCCGUUGAGUACGAAAAAUAUACGAUAACAAAAUUAUAAAGCAAAAAUAACCUGAUGUAAGAACGAUCGUGAUAACUGCUUAUGUUCAAACAAUUUUUUUGUAUACAAAUAUUCACCGACAUACCACAACACUCGCCAAUCUAUCGCGCGCGCGUUCAAUAUGUGCACAUCUUUUACGUUUUAUGUUUAUAAAUCAAUGUAUUUGAAAAACAAAUAUGGGAAUCAAAAAUCACAACCCAUAACUGAAAUAUAUAGGUAGUGUUCUGGGAAAGUAA